AUGGCUGGCACAAAGCUAAUAUCACUAGGGCUCAUUCUCCUCAUGAGCAUGGGAUUAGCCAAUGCUGUAAGGCUGGCUAGAUACUCUAGUGGUGGAACUAGCCAAUACGGUGGGUCCGGAUAUGGUUCAGGGUCAGGGUCAGGUUCAGGAUCUAGUACAUCUAGUCAAGGAGGGUAUCCUGAAUUUGGUCCUUAUGGAGGAGAAUCUUCUAAUGCUGGUGGUGCCGGUGGUGGUGGGGGUGGAGGACAAGCUGGAGGUGCUUGGAAUUCCAAUGCUCAAGGAUCCGGUAGCGGCACCGGUUCUGGCUCUAGUUAUGCUAACAGGUAUUGGGAUGGUUCAAGUGAUGCGGGUGCAAGUGCUAACGGCAUUGGUAGUGGCACAGGAAAUAGUGAGAAUGGUGGUGGUGGCAGUGGUUCUGGUGCCGGAACUGGAUAUGGCAAUGCCUACCCAUAA